GGACCAUCAGUGGAAGACGAUACGUUCUCCGGCGUCGCUAGUGUGGUAAAUGGAUCAUCAAACAGCCAAAAACGAUCGCAUCAAUCUUCGGUUGUUGAUGAGACAAUAAGUAUCCUAGAAGCAGUGCCGAACGCUGUGUCGGAUCCAGAGCUUGAUCGUCGUCGUCCAUCGAAGCGGCGAAGGAUGGCUGAGCGAGAGGCACAGAGCCCCACAAUCGAACGUACAUAUAUGCCUAAGCGAACGCCCUUGCCGCAUCCUUACGCCAAGUCUUCCCGGCUUGGUACUCGUGAGAGCUCUAUUCUCAGUUCUUCAAAUUCUGGCCACGAGGAAUAUUAUACCACAAGUCUAGCCCAGCCUACAACUGAUUUCUACGGUGCAGAACAUCGCGACGGCACUUAUAUCCAGAGAUCGUUCGAAGAGCGACUACAAGCACGACGAUCUAUACCCCUUUCCGAAAGACUGGAGUCAGAAGAAGACAUUGGCCAAGAAUCCGGUAGGGAUGUGGUGAAUAGACAAAGUAGCGGUAGGAAAACUGGGGAAACUGUUCGAAAGAGACUUAGCCGCAAUGGGUCAUGUAUCAUCCCUUCAUCGAGAUCCCAACGGCCUAGACGCAGGGCUUGGACAUCUAAGAUGGGAUGUGGGAAGUCAAACACUGCUCUCAGAUCAGUGGACUACAAUACAGCACCUACGAAGCCACCACAACAAGUAAGAUUGACCCAGCUACACCAAAGUCCGAUAUCGGAGCGGCUCAACACCGAUAAAGGGUCUCAAAGUUACCUCUCAGCAUCGAAUUCUCUAGGCACGACCGCCGAAGAUGGAAAUAAUAUCGACUAUGAAUCGAGAUCUAGCAUGUCUUGUCAGAUCACGGAUCUAACACUUUGCGCUAUUCCAGAUGACUCUUCGGUCGUAACAGCAAUAUUACAUCUUCCCAACCCAAAUCAUCCCCUCAACCUAAUGCCCCUAGGUCACAAGGUCAUUGGCGAACAAGGCAAAGUUAUCCGCAUAACCCAGUUAUCGCCGGAUUCAUGGUUGCUGCUAGGAUACCGCUGUAACGGCAGUCCUUCAGGUCUCUCUAACGGCGGGAACUUGAAUGAGAAGCAAAUAAGCAGUGCCCAUAAUGACGCUGUAAGUCAUGAAACGGACCACUCAAAUGACGGCUGGGACGAAGACGAUAAGAAUGGAGAGGAAGAUAUAAGAGGACACAGCCAACGAACACAUAAGCUAUGGCUAGAGUCAGAAGAAGUUCUUUUACUCUCAUUAAAGGAUAAGCAGGGCAUGGAGUGGGAAGAGAUAUGUAAACGCUUCCCUAGUCGGUCGCCUGGUGCAGUAAAACUGCGCUACUACACAUUGAAGAAACGAUCCUAG